AACGCGGAAAUAUGUCCACCAUAGAAAAUGAUGAAGAAAAGAUAAAUGUCCAAUCACUGCAGGACACUAAAGCUCGCAUGAUAGACAUUACACCGGAACAGCAGAAACAUUUGAAAGAGGUGCUUGCACAAAAUUUGCAAGAAAAGCAGCAGCACGAGGAGGCAUGGCAGUCGGGACAACAACAACCCGACUCUGAUGAGCAGCGGCGGCUCCAAAAAGUUAAGAAAGAAGACCAGCAGCAAAAGAAGAAAGAAGUGCGUCGGCGUAUUCACGAUACGUGCGGUAGCUGUCCGGAACGUUUCUUUGGCAGCAAAAAAACCAUUGUCACACAAGAUUCUGACUCAACAGAGGUGGAAUCAUCGACGGAGGAAGAGGAACGUUGGAAGGACAUUGCACGCACCGCCGAAAUACCCGCCGAUUACUAUAAUAUACAAAAGUUAAUUAAAUACAUUAAGGCGGGCAAUCAAACGGCCACCAUUGUCUCACUUUGUUGCCUGCGCGACUACGAUUUACGCACACAAAUCAAUCAAAUGGCCGUACAGGACAUAGGCGGUUUAGAGGUGUUGGUCAACAUACUCGAAUGCAAUGAUUCACAUUGUCGCCUCGGCUCGCUUUACGUACUGUCUGAGAUCUCCUUAAAUAUCGAUAUACGUAAGACUAUUGUCGAUUUGGGUGGCAUACCGCUUAUUGUAGAUAUAUUGAGUGCACUGUCACGCGAACUAAAGACUAUGGCUGCUGAAACAUUGGCUAAUGUGUGUAAGGUACGUUUGGCUAGGAAAUAUGUACGCACUUGUAAUGGUAUACCCAAGUUGGUGGAUAUGCUGGAUGUGAGCUUGCGUAUACUCAAAACGCCACGUGAGGAACUCAACACAAGCGAUCUGGAGUGUUUGAAUAUGGCGCGUGCUGGUGCGCGUGCACUUUGGUCGCUAUCGUUAUCGCGCCACAAUAAGGAGCUGAUGCGUAAAAGUGGCAUCGUACCAUUGAUGGCUCGCUUACUCAAAUCCUGUCACACUGAUGUUGUCAUACCCAUUAUGGGCACGAUACAAGAAUGCGCGUCGCAGCCCAAAUUCCAACUGGCCAUCACCACCGAGGGUAUGAUCGCCGAUAUUGUCACCCACUUGCAUUCGGAUAGUUUGGACUUGAAGACCGAAGGCAGUACGGCGAUUUACAAGUGCGCCUUCGAUCAGACCACACGUGAUUUAGUGCGUUCCGCUGGCGGUUUGGAGCCGCUUGUCGCCAUUAUCAAAGAUAAAAAUAUACGCGAUAACAAGAAAUUAAUGACUGGCGCUGCUGGCGCCAUUUGGAUGUGCGCUGUCUCCGAAGCAAAUGUCAAGAAACUCGACACAUUACGACUCAUCAAUCAUCUGGUGCCGCUGCUGAACGAUGAUUCAGAUGACGUGAUUACCAAUGUGGUUGGCGCCAUAGCUGAAUGUGUGCGUUUCCAAAAUAAUCGUGAAGUGCUGCGUAUAGCUGGCGGCUUGCCAGCAUUGGUUGCGUUACUGAACUCCUCGCAUGCGCCACUUUUGGUUAACUUGGCCAAGGCAUUGAAGGAAUGCGCCGAGGAUGCUGAAAGUAUGCGCAUACUAGAGGAACUAGAUGCAGUGCGUCUGAUUUGGUCAUUGCUAAAGAAUACCGACACACAAGUGCAGGCGUACGCUGCUUACGCCAUAUGUCCGUGUGUGCGCAAUGCGCAUGAAUCGGGUGAGUUGGUGAGAAGCUUGGUGGGCGCUAUGGAAUUGGUUGUGGAUUUGCUGAAGUCCACCGAUACGCAUGUAUUGUCGGCGGUGUGUGCUGCUAUAGCAACAAUUGCCAAAGAUUCCACAAAUUUGGCAAUUUUAACUGAUUUGAAAGUAAUCUACAAGCUAGCUGAUUUGGUUAAUACCAGCGAGGACUUGUUGCGUGAAAAUUUGGCCGCCGCUAUCGCAAGUUGCGCUACUUAUGGCAAUAACACACAAGAGUUGGGACGUUUGCGCACUGUCACGCCUAUCGUCAGCUACCUAACCAGCAAUGAUCCGGCCGUGCAUCGCACCACAGCCAUGGCGCUGGAGAAGUUGUCGAUGGAUCCACAAAAUUGCAUCAUUAUGCAUCAGAGCGGUGUGGUACCAUUUUUGUUGGAGUGCGUUGGUUCCACCAACAAAGAGACACAGCUGGCUGCUGCUGGUUGUCUGCGCAACAUACGUGAAUUGGCUUUGCGUGCCGAAGAAUAUUUGUUGAAAAUCGAUGAGGAAUAUUAAAUCGAUUGCGCUUUCUGAACAUGUACGCGCAUAUACUUUUUUGUUAUUUUUGCGCAAGAGCUUUUCACA